AUGGGCUCGGUGGACGUCCUUCCCUUCUGGCAGGUUAAUUGCUCGCCUCAAGACAGGACCCUUGACUGCCCUCCCUUUCUCCGCGGCCUCAGUGAAAAGGAUCAGCGCAUCAUCGGCACGCCCGACGCUGCCUUCAGGGUGCUAACAUGGGAAGAAGUGGGCACCAUUGUGCGGGAAAACCGGCUGGAAAUGUUCCAGAGAAUCCCUUCCCAGCUGAGACGUUACAGGGCCUUCACCUACCGGCUGGCCGAGCAUUACGGCAGCGUCGCUAGCUUUGUCCUGCAGGUGCGGCUGGGCUGGGAAUCGCCCGUCAAGGCCCGGGGGGCACCAUUUCAAUACGCAGAUGAUGUCAGAAUCCUGUGGAAUGACUGGCCGUAUGGACUCGAUGACCGAAUUGUUCACCUGGUUGUUUGGACCAAGUUUGAGUUGAAGGCCAACACAACCAACGGCGACUUGACAAAAAUGGUCAGGGACGAGAUUGAAAACUUUGUGACCAAAACAUUCCGAUCGCGAGUCCCUUCGAACAACGUGCUGUGGUUCAAGAACUGGGCUUCUCUCAAGUCUAUUCAUGCCGUGGAACACUUUCACGUCUUGAUGUUUGAUCCCGACGUCGAGUUUGUUCGUCAGGUUACCAAUGGCGACGUGCCUCAAUGUGCAAAGGAAGAACUGUGA